AUGUCAGCUUUGCAGACUAUCACCUCCACUUCCAUCAUUUUCCUGCUCACUGGUGUUCCUGGGCUGGAAGCCUUCCACACCUGGAUCUCCAUUCCCUUCUGCUUCCUCUAUGUAACUGCUCUUUUGGGAAACAGCCUGAUCCUCUUCGCUAUCAUCACUCAGCCCAGCCUCCAUGAACCCAUGUACUAUUUCCUCUCCAUGCUGUCUACCACUGGCCUUGGCCUAUCCAUAUCCACUCUGGUCACCAUGCUGGGUAUAUUCUGGUUCAAUGUGAGGGAAAUCAGCUUUAAUGCCUGCCUGUCCCAGAUGUUCUUUAUUAAAUUCUUCACUGUCAUGGAAUCCUCGGUGCUGUUGUACAUGGCUUUUGAUCGUUUUAUGGCCAUCUCUAAUCCCCUUAGGUAUGCCAUAAUUUUAACUGACUCCAGAAUAGCUCAAAUUGGAGUGGCAAGUGUCAUCGGGGGGAUCCUAAUGCUGACACCAAUGGUAGCACUUCUUAUAAGACUUUCCUACUGCUACAGCCACGUACUCCACCACUCCUACUGCUACCACCCUGACAUGAUGAAGCUGUCAUGCACAGACACCAGAAUCAACAAUGCAGUUGGGUUGACUGCCAUGUUCCCUACUGUUGGUGUAGACUCAGUUCUCCUCCUCCUUUCUUAUGUUUUGAUCAUUAGGACUGUCCUUAGCAUUGCUUCCCCAGAAGAGAGGAAGAAAAUCUUCAGCACAUGUGUCUCCCACAUUGUGGCUGUUGCUAUAGAUUACAUUCCAUUGAUCAGCCUGUCCUUUGUUCACAGAUUUGGGAAACAAGCCCCAGCCUAUGUACAUACUAUGAUUGCUAACACCUACCUGCUGAUUCCCCCUGUAACGAACCCCAUCAUCUACAGUGUGAAAACCAAACAGGUAUGUAGAGCUGUGAUAAAAAUUCUCCAUUCCAAAGAAACAUAG